GGCGUUAUCCAUCUGUUAUAUUAUUCUCUAUUUAGCCCCCGCCAGAAUCAGUCUCUACCCAAAAGCUUUGUCCAUAUUUGGAGGAUCUCACUUUCUCUCCUUUCUAUUUUUGUCUCUACUCUCUCCCUCUAUUAAUUCUUUGAAAAAGUGAUCAUCUGAGGUACAAAGAAUCUGAAACCAAAAAGAAUGAGGAUUAACGAAGAGAAUGAUGGAGUAUCGGCGUCCAGAGAUCACUUGGUUUUCGCUUACUACGUUACUGGCCAUGGCUUCGGCCAUGCGACUCGUGUUGUCGAGGUGGCUCGGCAGCUGAUUCUGGCGGGGCAUGAUGUGCACGUGGUGACCGGUGCUCCUGAUUUCGUUUUCACCUCUGAGAUUCAGUCCCCUCGCCUCUUCAUUCGCAAGGUGCUGUUAGAUUGUGGAGCAGUUCAGGCAGAUGCCUUGACAGUAGAUCGUCUUGCGUCUUUGGAGAAGUACAACGAGACAGCCGUGGUGCCUCGGGCUUCUAUUUUGGAAACGGAAAUAGAGUGGCUGAACUCCAUCAAAGCUGACUUAGUGGUCUCAGAUGUUGUUCCAGUUGCUUGUCGUGCAGCAGCUGAUGCUGGAAUACGCUCUGUUUGUGUCACGAACUUCAGUUGGGACUUUAUCUACGCGGAGUAUGUGAUGGCAGCUGGAAAUCAUCAUCGUUCAAUAGUUUGGCAGAUAGCGGAGGAUUAUUCCCAUUGUGAGUUCCUGAUCCGUCUCCCUGGAUAUUGCCCAAUGCCAGCUUUCCGUGAUGUUAUUGACGUACCUCUGGUUGUGAGGAGGUUGCAUAAAUCCCGAAAGGAGGUGAGAAAGGAGCUUGGAAUUGGGGAUGAUGUGAAGCUAGUUAUUCUAAACUUUGGUGGACAGCCAGCUGGCUGGAAUCUAAAGGAGGAGUACUUACCUUCUGGUUGGUUGUGCCUGGUUUGUGGUGCUUCUAACCAGGAGCUUCCACCAAAUUUCAUAAAGCUUGCAAAAGAUGCAUAUACUCCUGAUCUUAUAGCAGCAUCUGACUGUAUGCUUGGAAAAAUUGGGUAUGGCACUUGCAGUGAAGCCCUUGCAUUCAAGUUGCCAUUUGUCUUUGUACGCAGAGAUUAUUUCAAUGAAGAGCCAUUUUUGAGAAAUAUGCUUGAGUAUUACCAAAGCGGCGUUGAGAUGAUUAGGAGGGACUUACUCACUGGUCAUUGGACACCAUACCUUGAGCGUGCAAUUAGUUUGAAACCAUGCUAUGAAGGAGGCACCAAUGGUGGUGAGAGGGCAGCUCAAAUCCUGCAGGAGACAGCUAUUGGGAAAAACUAUGCAUCAGAUAAGCUUAGUGGGGCAAGAAGAUUGCGUGAUGCUAUAAUUCUUGGUUAUCAACUACAAAGAGCCCCUGGACGAGAUGCAUUCAUUCCAGAAUGGUAUGCAAGUGCUGAAAAUGAACUGGGUAUUUCUGGUGGAUCACCGACUUACCAAAGUUCAGAUAAUGGUUCCAUAAUGAGAUCAUGCACCGAGGACUUUGAGAUUCUUCAUGGAGAUCCUCGAGAUUAUCCAGAUACAAUUGGUUUCUUAAAGAGCUUGGCAGAGCUAGAUGCUGUAAAUGACUCUGAAAAGAGUGGUGAGACGCGCCGAGAGCGUAAGGCUGCUGCUGGACUCUUCAAUUGGGAGGAUGAAAUCUUUGUGUCAAGAGCACCUGGAAGGUUGGAUGUGAUGGGAGGGAUUGCUGACUAUUCAGGAAGCCUUGUCUUGCAGUUGCCAAUAAGAGAAGCCUGCCAUGUUGCUGUGCAAAUGAAUCAUCCAAGUAAACAUAGGCUUUGGAAGCAUGCCCUGGCUCGGCAGCAAGCCAAAGGACAAGGAUCGACACCUGUUCUGGAAAUUGUAUCAUAUGGUUCAGAAUUGAGCAAUCGUGGACCAACCUUUGAUAUGGAUUUAUCUGAUUUUAUGGACGGAGACCAGCCAAUAUCAUAUGAAAAAGCAAAGGAAUACUUUGCUAAAGAUCCAUCCCAAUCGUGGGCAGCUUUUGUUGCAGGGGGGAUUCUGGUUUUAAUGACAGAAUUAGGUGUACGCUUUGAGGAUAGUAUCAGUAUGCUGGUUUCUUCUGCUGUCCCAGAAGGCAAAGGUGUAUCAUCUUCUGCUUCUGUGGAGGUUGCUAGCAUGGCUGCCAUAGCUGCCGCUCGUGGAUUAAACAUCUGUCCACGAGAUCUUGCUUUGCUCUGCCAGAAGGUUGAGAAUCACAUUGUUGGAGCUCCAUGUGGUGUGAUGGACCAGAUGACUUCAGCAUGUGGUGAAGCCAACAAACUUCUUGCAAUGGUGUGCCAGCCUGCUGAGAUAGUUGGGCUUGUAGAAAUUCCCUCCCAUAUCCGAUUUUGGGGAAUUGAUUCAGGAAUAAGACACAGCAUCGGUGGUGCAGACUACGGAUCCGUCAGAGUUGGUACCUACAUGGGUCGAAAGAUGAUAAAGUCUACUGCAUCUUCGAUCUUGUCUCGGUCAUUACCUAAUGGUGAUGGGCUAAACCUUGAUGAUUUGGAGGAUCUUGGUGUUGAACUAUUGGAAGAUGAAGCUUCAUUAGAUUACUUAUGUAACCUUUCACCUCACAGAUAUGAGGCUCUUUAUUCAAAGGUGCUUCCAGAGUCCAUGCUUGGGGAGACAUUUUUGGAGAAAUAUGCUGAUCACCACGAUCCUGUCACAGUUAUUGAUCCCAAGCGUACUUAUGGAGUUGGAGCACCUGCUAAACAUCCUAUAUAUGAAAAUUUCCGUGUCAAGGCCUUUAAAGCACUUCUAACAUCGGCAACUUCAGAUGAGCAACUCACGGCUCUUGGUGAACUAUUGUAUCAGUGUCACUUCAGCUACAGUGUUUGUGGGCUUGGCUCGGAUGGAACAGAUAGGCUUGUACAGUUAGUCCAGGAAAUACAGCAUGGUAAAUUAUCUAAAUCCAAAGAGGGGACAAUAUAUGGAGCGAAAAUUACUGGUGGAGGUUCCGGUGGAACUGUUUGUGUAGUUGGCAGGAACAGUCUACGAAGCAGUGAACAAAUUCUUGAGAUUCAGCAGAGAUACAAAAAAGCAACGGGAUAUUUGCCAUUUCUUUUUGAAGGCUCAUCACCAGGCUCUGGGAAGUUUGGAUAUCUGAAAAUAUGCCGCAUGCCCAACAAGCUAAACUAAUGUCAACUUUGUGGGAUAAAAUAAUUAAAGGGAAGCGAUUCUGGUCUAGACUAGAAACAGAUCAAGUCUCUAGGCGACAUUUAAGUAUUUUUGUAAGGGUUUAUUAUGAUUGACUCCGAUCAGAACAUCUGGGGAGUAUGGCAAUAAACACAUUCCAGCAUAAUAAUAAUAAUAAUAAAAUUAUCAUUUUUAAUUUUUA